GCCGAGCCGAGCCGCUUCCUGCCGCUAUAAAUAACCGCGCCCGGACCAACAUGUCCCGGCCGCCGCAGCGGCUGGAGCUCCGGAGGGAGCUGCCGUCCCCUCCCGCCGUCUAACUCCCCCCCGCGGAGAGCGGAAUGUGCACCCUGGGAAAUGUUAUUGCGAUCUAGCAGCAAGUGUAUUCUGGACUGAAUUUGCCAGGCCUCCUAUUCUGUGCAAGCGUCUCUCCGGCUGGUGACGAGGUUUCUUAGCAAGACCGGACGGAGUUGAGUCUUCCACCAUGCCCGUGCCUCCCCCUCCAGCUCCCCCGCCGCCCCCAACACUGGCCUUGGCAAAUACUGAAAAGCCGUCCCUAAGCAGGUCAGAACAAGCAGGGCGAAAUGCUCUAUUAUCUGAUAUUACCAAAGGAAAAAAGCUAAAGAAGACUGUUACUAAUGACAGAAGUGCUCCAAUUCUAGACAAACCCAAAGGACCUGCUGGAGGUGGCGGUGGUGGCUUCGGAGGAGGUGGCGGUGGAAGCAGCGGGGGUUUUGGUGGUGGCGGCGGCGGUGGUGGCAGCUUUGGUGGUGGUGGACCACCUGGCCUUGGAGGCCUUUUUCAAGCCGGAAUGCCAAAGCUCAGAUCUGCCGCAAGUCGAGAUGCCGAUGCCGGGGGAGGAGGCCGCCCGCCCGCCCUGCCGCCCGGAGGCCGCUCCGCUGCCGCCAAGCCCUUCUCGCCGCCGAGCGGCCCGCCGCGCUUCCCCGGGCCACCCUCGGGGCCGCGGACCUCCGCUCCCGAGCCGCAGAGGAGCCGCAUGCCGCCGCUGAGGCCCGACGUCGGCUCCAAGCCCGAGGCCGUGCCGCCGCCGGUGCCCAGCACCCCCCGGCCCAUCUCCAGCCUGCACAACAGGGGCUCGCCCCCGGUGCCGGCCCUGAGCCGGCAGCCCAGCCUGGGGCCCUCGCCCCCGCCGUUCCCGGGCAGCCGGAGCGCGGGGUCGGCCGGGCCCCUCCGGCAGCCCGGCCCCGGCCCGGCGACCCCCUUCUCCGGCCGGCCGCCGCUGCCGCCCACCCCGGGCCGGCCGGCGGACGACAAGCCGCCGCCCCCGCCGCCCCCCGCCGGGCACAGGCCGCCCGCCGCCCGUGAGGCGGCUCUGCCCCCGCCGCCUCCGCAGAACAGCAAGCCGCCGGUACCCUCCGCCCCCAGGCCCGGCCUCGGCGCCCCGGCGCCCCCGCCGCCCCCACCCAGCAGGCCGGGGCCGCCCCCCGUCCCGCCCGUCCCCGGCGGCAGCGACGAGAUGCCGCGGCUGCCCCAGAGGAACAUCUCGCUGGGCUCCUCCUCGGCGCCCGGCGGCGUGGGGGGGCGCUCCGGACCCCUGCCCCCCCCGCCCAGCGAGAGGCCCCCGCCGCCCGUCAGAGACCCCCCCAGCCGGUCAGGCCCCCUCCCACCACCUCCUCCCAUAAGCAGGAAUGGAAGCACUUCAAGAGCUUUGCCUGCUACUCCCCAGCUGCCCUCCCGGGCAGGGCUGGAGAACCAGAGAGGUGGACCACGACCACCGCUUCCCCCCGACCGGCCAGGCUCAGCAGCACCGCCGCCGCCACCACCGCCUUCAUCGGCUGUCAGAAACGGCUUCCAGGAUCCAGGUGACGAUGAAUGGGAAAGCAGAUUUUCUUUUCAUCCUAUAUCUGAUUUGCCGCCUCCAGAGCCUUAUGUACCCGUGAACAGAAGUUAUCCCAGUAAACUAGCAAGAAAUGAAAGUAGAGGUGGCUCUGGCCGAAAAGAAAGAGGUGCCCCCCCGCUUCCGCCGAUACCAAGGUGAAAUGGGUUCUGGCCCAUCUUUGGGCAACGUCUGUUUUCAAGUUUCCUUCGAGUCAGCUCUCCUGUCCACAUCAUUGGAAAGUUGUCUGUUUUGCUUUAUUUCCACUUUUGGCUUGUCAGCUGGAACAAACUUCAGUCUCUAUUACAGAAGUAAUAGAUGCAGCUUAUGAACUAUAGUUGCUCAAAGCUAUAAAUUUUAUUUGCUUAUACUGCAGGCUGUCAUGAAAGGCAUUUUGUGGACCAUACACAACAUAUGUGCAUCAUGCUUACCGUGUCCAGCCCUGUCCCCUUGAGAGCUCCACGGAAGGUCUGGCUUUGAAUUGAAUGAGAGCUGGAACAAAGCUGUUUCAUUCACUUUGGGUACAGUGGCUGUAUUAUUUGAAUGGUAAAGUACAGUCUAUUUUCUGUUCAAAAAAACAGUUGCUGGGGAAAUCCGUGUAGCCAAGAGUCCCCUGGAUCCUUCUUUGCAUGCCUAACUUGGCCCAUCUGCUUCUGCAAGCCAUAGACCUACUACAUGGUGACCAAGAGUUCAUCCUUAACCUUUUCACCUCAGCUUAGCCAAGCAAACCUUAUUUUAAACUAUAGAUAGCGCAUCCUGCCCUGAGGAUGGAGUGUGUCUGGCCUUGUUUUUAUCUGCGGAGAAUCUUCCAAAGAAAAGCACAAGUGAAGAAUUCAGCAGCAUAAAAAUAUCUUUUUUGGUUUUUUUAUCCCUCUUUCCUUGUUUCUAAAUAGUGUUCGCUUUUAGUCACCUAAUUCUUUCCUGCUCUGGUGUGGACCAACCCACAGUCAUCUGUGUCCUGGAUUAAUGCCCUCUACCUAAGACUACAUGCGAAGAGUCCUCAGAAAGUAGUCUUGGUGCAAAUGCAAAAGUUAUUGUAGUUGCAGCCUCCUUCUGUAAAGCAUCGCUAACACCAGUACUCCACAGACUGCUUCCCGGUUGUUUUCUUUAGUACAAUUAAAUGAUGGGUUUUGACUUAAAAAGCUUCCUGGGGUUUAGGUCACAACUCUCAAGAGAGAUUGUAUUUGAAUUGCGUUACAGUAGAGCGGUCCUUUGAUGUAGUGAAGGAGGUCUGGCGUUUGUGCAUUCCAGUGGGAGCAGUAGCUCCAAAAUUUGCUGUCUGUGCUGGUUCGAGAGCAAUGGGAAGAUUUGGCCUUCUGAGUUUACCAUGAAGCCUGUCCUUUCAAACUUUGCUGCAGGGAGUUCUCUGCAGAGAGCUGCAAGGCUUACUUUAACAGAAGAGAGAGUAAAGUAUUUCAACAUUGUGACAUUUGGUGCAUAUGUUUAAUGGCUUUGGAAUUUUGUAUAUGAGAAAAGAGUUCAUUGUACGAGUGCCUUUUACAAACAGAUCUAAAUGUACAUAAAAUGCCUUUGGAAAUUGAAGAUGAUAAUUCUGGAUUUGCUGAAUUCAUCGCUGAAUGAUAGCUCUUUGUUAAUUGGACUUCUGAAGGUUAGCUCUGAAAAACUUCUCCUCUGUCUCCUCAACAGUUUCUGUUUCUUCAACAUACUCCUUGGGAUCCCCACCAAGCCUGUAUCAGCAGUCGUGCUUCACAGGGUUUAGCUCCAAAAAAAAAAUAAA